AUGCCUAACUUUUGCGAAUUUUGGGAUGUGUGGGAGGUCCUUGGAUGCGGAGGAGGAGUGCGUGAAUGAGAGGGGUGUGUUUGCAGAAAGCAGGAAUUUGUUCUCCUCACUUAGUACUGCCCGGUGCUUUCUUCACCUGUAGGGCAUGAAGGCAUGCCUGUCAGGCACAGGACGAGUACAGUACCUGCUGCUGGCGUGCUGUUUUUUCUAUUGUGUUGCUGAUUCGCGUUGCGAAGCUUGCCCUCCUGGAUGGCUGACAGGAUCGAAUGAAACUGUAUGCUUUUCUCUGAUGAAGAAUCACAGUUCCUGGUCAGAAUCAGAGAGUGCUUGCAAAGCUAAUGGGGGAUAUCUUGCAUCAUUGAAUUCACUCGACGAGUUUUACUUCGUCCAGGCUGUCUGCGGUGCCAGUGCUGCAGACGGCUGCUGGGUCGGAGGCCAAGAGCUCCCUCAGGAUCAAAAUAGCGUCAUUCAGUGGAAAUGGAGUGACUGCGAUACCUCUCACUACAUUGAUUUGCCCUGGGUGCCUUCACCUUCGAAUAGUAGUUGCAUGGCCCCGAUUUGUCCCGACCCAGCAACGCCUCGGCUGUGUACUGUUGUCACAAGGGCAGGGGUCAAGUGGGAUUUAUGCUCUUCCUCUCAUUCGUUUCUUUGCGCCAUUGGACAAGAGUCGGAGUGUAAAGAUCCGAAGUCUUCUCACAGAGAGUACACUAUCAUAUUGAUAUCAGUAUGCACGAUCCUUGCUGUUACUACCACAGCUAUUGUGGCAUUUCUUUUGGCGUACAGGCGAAGUAAAAGACGGCGUAGGUCCCGUCGUCGUAAGCUUGCAGAGUUAUCUAGUUCUAGCGGGCUACUGCGACCUGCAUUUAGGUUGUACACAAUCAGGGAGUUAGAGGUAAUGACAGAGUAUUUUUCAGAAGCAAAUUUGCUCGGCAGUAGGCAGAAAGAGAACGGGGGUGUUUACAGGGGGACACUAGCAGAUGGCACUACAGUUGCAGUCAAGAGGUUACAGCGGACACCACUUCAAUCACAGAAGGAAUUUGUGUAUGAUGUGCUGCGUAUAGCUCGGCUUAAGCAACUCAAUUUGGUGGCAGUUAGAGGAUGUGCAUACGAGAAUCGUCAAGGGUACAUUGUUUAUGAGUUUUUUCCCAACGGUUCUCUUGACCAAUGGUUGCACAACAAGUCUUCGGAAGCUCAAGCAUUGGAUUGGGGUCAACGAAUACGCAUUGCUACAACCCUUGCCCAGGGCCUUGCCUAUCUGCACGACACAUUGAAGCCACAUGUGGUUCACAGGGAUGUGCGUGCCAGCAAUGUCCUUCUGGACGAACAUUUCGAUGCUCACAUUCUAGGAGUGGGCCUUAGCAGGCUGGUAUUGCGUGAAGCUACUGUUGGUCACACAGUAAUUGCCGGAACAUAUGGCUAUCUGGCCCCUGAAUUUGUGUACAGAAACGAACUCACCACCAAGAGCGAUGUGUAUAGCUACGGGGUGUUACUGCUGGAGCUCAUCACGGGACGUAAGCCAACAGUGGAUGGCGCGGAACCUUCCGACUGGCAGAGCACAUUUGAGUGGGCCACUCCACUUGUCCAAGCCCAAAGGUUUUUGGAGCUAUUGGAUCCUACUAUUCAGACCAUUCCUGACGUAGCUCAGAUUCAGUGUUGUGUGGACUUAGUCUACGCAUGUACCCAGCAUGUGCCUGCAAGUCGGCCACGCAUGUCAUACGUGGUGCACCAGCUCAUGCAGCUACGACAAGGGCUCGUCCCUCUCCCACUAAGUCGUGCACAGAAUCCGCCACCUCGAUCACCAGUAAAUAGGGUCGAGUACAUGAACAUCGUGAAUCAGGGCGAUAAUACAUCCUUAAUUGAAAUUGAAAAUUCAGAUGUCCCUUUCUAAAUUUCUGCCUCCUGUGAUUCGUUCUCGAAGUGCUUACUGGUAAAUGCCGCAGUGACAUUGUAUAUUCUUAAAAUCUCCUUAAAGUAGUUGGCGCCUGCGUAACUCAGUCAGGUAUGCAGAGAUCGCUACUGUACAAUGUAAGACAAAAAGAGCUUGUUCUUUGUAAGUGGAACUUGAAAUGAAGGUAAGCAUUUUUCAA